AUGUUUGAGGUAGAUGAGAACUACACACGUGUGUCAGAGUUUGUGAUCGUGGGCUUCCCGGGGCUCCAUCCAUCCUUCUUCCAGUUGGUGGCCUGGUUCUUCUUCUGCGUCUAUGUGACCACGGUGGUGGGGAACUUCCUGCUGGUGGUGCUGUUUGCCCUGGAGCACAGCCUGCAGAAACCCAUGUACAUUAUCAUGCUCAGCCUGGCUCUGUCAGAUAUAGGUUUUGCCACAGUGGCCCUUCCCAAUCUGAUAGCUCGGUGGUGGUGGAACGACGGGAGGAUCUCCUUCCAUACCUGUAUGUUCCAGGAACAAAUGAUCCACUAUUUUGGAACGCUCAACUCUCUCAUUAUGUUGACCAUGGCUAUGGACCGGUACCUGGCAAUAUGUCACCCUCUCAGAUAUCCUAUGUUGAUGACCAACCGGACAAUGAGUGGUCUAACAGUCUUUUCCUGGAUAUCAGCCCAAGUGGCACCUGGCAUCGUCACCAUAGACUUCAGCAGGAAAGUGUCAUUCUGUGGUCCCAACCAUAUCCUCCAUGCCUACUGUGAUGCUAUAGCACUGACUAGGCUGUCCUGUUCCAACAUGGUGGCGAUCAAUAAUAGCUCCUAUGGGCUGGCCAUGUUUGUCCUCCUCGUCCCCCUCUCCCUUAUCAUCUUCUCCUACAUCAGCAUCAUCGUCACCGUGAUGCGCAUGGCCAACGCACAGGGCAGACGGAAAACCUUCUCUACCUGUGGUACUCAGGGAUGUCUCAUUCUUAUCUACUACAUCCCCCGCUUCAUAGUCUACUCCACGCCCUACAUGCCCAACCUGACAAUUACCCCUGAUCUCCGCGUCGUGGUCCUUCUAUUCUACAGCCUGUUCCCCCCGGUGGCCAACCCGUUCAUCUACUGUUUCAGGACCAAGGAGAUCAAAACCAUCCUGGGGCGAUGGAGACAGCGUUGGGGGAAUAGCCGGACUGAACCGCGUAAACCCAACACUGUGGCUGUUAUCACGAGAUGAGAUACCACACACUGAGGGUUAUUACAGGUUAUAAUACAAGUAGGAUAGCCAUCCUGGGGUGCUGGGGACAGGGCUGGAAGAACAACAUUCUGCCUGUCAUCAAUAGAUGAGGGGUUAGGUUAUAACCUGUUCAUUCAGAGAUAUAACGUGUUAUUUCAGGGUAAUAACCUGUUCAUUCAGAGAUAUAACAUGUUAUUUCAGGGUAAUAACCUGUUCAUUCAGAGAUAUAACAUGUUAUUUCAGGGUAAUAACCUGUUCAUUCAGAGAUAUAACGUGUUAUUUCAGGGUAAUAACCUGUUCAUUCAGAGAUAUAACAUGUUAUUUCAGGGUAAUAACCUGUUCAUUCAGAGAUAUAACAUGUUAUUUCAGGGUAAUAACCUGUUCAUUCAGAGAUAUAACAUGUUAUUUCAGGGUUAUAACAGGUUAUGAAUAUAACAGACAACUCAAAACUGUAGCUGUUAUCACUAGACGAGACUCACACACACACGUGGUUCUGUAUCAUUGUAUAAAAAUAUAUGUCUGUUUCAUCUUUAAAAUAUGACUUGCGUCGUCUACUGAGUGGUCUCGUUGCUGGAUGUGAUGGAGAGAUGGCACUUGACAUUCUGAAAAUGGCAUUUAUU